GUCGCUCCACAGCAACGUACAACGGUGUGGAUGGUAUGAAGCAUGCACCUCGCAGUUUACAUCAUUAACUGUGUGCAUCCGUCUGCUUGGAAGGCCUCAACUAAUGCAACAGCCUCUCCCUUGGCAGCCUGGUUGCCCACUGCAUCGUGUUUUGCACCGGCGUGUACGCCAUGUCCCCAGUCGCCACACGACCCCUGCCGCCAGCCGCGCCCCUCGGCGGGCCGAAGCGUCAAGCCUGAGGCAUCCGUGAAUUCGCUCUAGCCUCAUACACAACCACGUUCCUCACACUUUUAAGUGCUCGUCA